GGAGGUGGGGCUUUUGCUGAAAACUUAUUUCGCUGGCUGCCUCCUCUUUUUGCACAAAGCCGGAGUGCAUAGCCUCUUCCACACUGUGGAUACAUAGUGCAGUCUCUUCCACUUUGAAAUUUGAGCCCAAGUUGCAUGCAACCUGCGUGUAGGCUUUCGUGACGGGACGUAUUUUUUUUUCUUUGCUGAGGGCGAGAACGACCGUGGUGGUUGUUCCGCUGUGGCUUCCAGCAAAUAGUCGGACCCCUAUCACAAGUAAGGGGACUCAGAGAGAAAGGAGACGAGCCUGCAGGAGUGGUCUUGGAGACUUGAGGCACCACCAUGAGCUUGCAAACGGUCAAUCUUGAUACCUAUAGUUUAUCCCUGCUCACGGCCAAGGAGGACAUCCUCAACCCUCGUUCAUCUACUAACUGGGCAUUAUUUGUAUACGAAGGACUGACAAACAAGUUGAAACUCGCUGACUCGGGAGUGGGCGGUGUUACAGAGUUGGUCAGCAAGUUCCAUGCAUCCAAGCCACAAUAUGGACUAUGCAGAGUGGGAAGUGCAGACACAGGAGGCCCCCGCAUUGCAAUGAUUGUCUGGGUCGGUGAACAUGUGGAAGAAUUCCGCAGGACAGAAUGUGCCGGACACAUUCCAGCCAUCAAACAGUUCUUCAAGGAGGCGCACGCUUUCAUUAGUGCACAAAAAGCAGACGACAUGACAGAGGAGAUGAUAAGAGCAGAGCUCAGCAAGACCCAUGCGCCUCCUCAGUGGGCCAAGAAGAGCUCCAGGUCUUCAGAAAGGGAGGACAUUGUUGGUACAAACUACAGAAAGACAAAUGCUGCAAUGGAGAUGAGACUCAUAAACAGAGAUUCCUUCUGGGCACGUGCAGAGCGAGAGGAAGAACAGAGAAAGGAAGAGGAGAGGAGACGUGCUACAGAAGAGAGACGGCGGCUUGAGAGAGAACGAGUUUUAAAGGAACGGAAAGAUGCAGAAGAAAGAGAUCGGAAAAUGAAUGAGAAACUACGGAUGAUUGAGGAGCAAAGGCAGAAGCAAGCAGAACAAGAGGAAGAACUGCGUAGAAAGGAGAAAUCAAGAUGGGAACAAGAGAAGAGGGAACAUGAGGAGGAUAUGAGGGCUUGUCUAAGAAGGAGCGAGUCCAUCGAGAAGGCAGCUGAGGCAGCAGUGUUAGUGUCCCAACGCUCCAUGAACCCUCGGGAGUUCUUCAGGCAACUGUCGUCAUCGUCGUCACAAAGUCCGACCAGCCCUGGAUCAUCACGCUCUGGUAAACCAUUCAGACGUUACCAACGCAGCCUGACCGACACUGCUUUCAUCUUCUCCAGAGCAGACAACAGCACACCAUCCUCGCCUCACAGCUCUCCCCUUGUCUCCCCCUUCUCACGGGCCUCACCUUCCCACAUCAGUGCCACAUCUCCUCCAACAAGCCCCAUUUUCCGCCCUCUCACCUCUCCUUCCACGACCAAAGCGGCAGUUUCAACGCCCACAUCCCCAAUCCGUGACACUCCUCCGGCUUCAGCCGUGCCCGUCAUACCCCCGGCAGAUCAGCAGCCUGUUGUUGAGACCAAAGCUCCAUCACCUACAGAGCCCUCUGCACCACCAGCCUCCUUCAAUCUGGGAGUUUGCUCAUUCCCCGGCUUGGAAACAAGAAACCCGUUACACGCACACCCUGCGGUUCUGCCACCCUCACCCCCAAAUACACCAACCGACCCAGAGGACUCAACUUCCUGCUUUGAGGGUCCACCUCCACAGCCUCCAACAUCUCCUCUUCCUGAGAUACCACAGUCUAACACUGCAGACCUCCAUACCGCCAUGCUGGUGCACACUGAUCUGCUCUCAAAUACUGGAUACAAAGCACAAGCUGUACUGCUGGAAGAAGAUGAGGAAGAAGAUGAUGAGGAGAAGGAGCGGGAAGACAUGGAGGUGAACAAUGAGGAGGAAGCUGAGGUACAGCAACAACCUUGUGCCUGCCCUGAAGAACCAGGCCAGACUGAGCCAGAGGGGCAGCUGCAGGAGGAGGAGGAGGAGGAGAAGGCGGAGCAGAUGGAGCAGCAGGAGGGAAAAUCAGAGCAGGAGGUGGAGCCUGUAUCCCCAGUGGACGCAAUUGAAGAGUUCCCGGAGGAUGACGAGGAGUCCACUCAAUAUAAAGAGCAGAAUGACCAUUUUGAAGAUGGUCAAACCACAGAUGAACCUGUUGAACUUUCUGAAAAAGAAGAGUCACAUCAUGCAGAUGAGGAAGACAUUUGUCAGACAGUAAAGCCUGAGACGGAGGUCCUAUCAACCAAUGGCUUCACAAAUGGAGACGAACAAGACCACAAUGGCAUUGAGAGAUCUUUGAGCCCGUCCGAUGCUGAAAUCAGCUCCCCAGAGUUGAGCGGGUGCUAUGACCUUCAUAACGCUGCAGAGAGCGAUGACAUCAUUGACGAAAAGGAGAUCUCCGAAAACGGACAAGGGGUUUCAUCUGAGCGACAAAUGUGUGUUCGAGCUCUGUACGACUACCAAGCAGAGGACGAAUCAGAGAUCUCCUUUGAACCUGGUGACAUCAUCCGGGACGUGGAAACGGUGGACAAAGCGUGGUGGAGGGGGUGGAGCAAAGAUGGCCACCAAGGAUUGUUCCCUGCCAAUUAUGUAGAGACCAUAUAACAUGCACACGUACACACAUAUUCACACUCUCAGGGGCGCCAUCAUCCCUCAGUUUAACCUUCUUCUUCCCACUACAAAAAAAAAAAGAUUGUAUUUUAAUGUUCUAUUGAUGAAAAAAAGAGAAACUUAAUAUUUUUACAAACAAUCAGGACUUUUUUCUUGGACCAAAAGUUAUUUCCUGAAGGAAUGUUAGGGGGCGGGAUCACAUCACCAUCACAAGUUAUCACAAACUUGCUUUGCUUAUAAGAAUAGAUCUUUAUCGUGUAUAGUUAUGUUUUGAUCCAAACAUAAAUAAGCAUUCCCUUCUCUUCUUUGUGUCGUACAUUACAAAAACAUACUUCUCUGCUCUGGUAAUAUACAGUAUAAGAUGUACACCUGAACUUGUAAUCAUCUUCCUUGGCUUUCCUGAGAUAUUUUACAGUUCUAUAUUUGUUACUGACAACCUUUCAACCUAUCUUGAUUAGCCACCAUGAAAGACAACAGUGGAUAAACAAGCAGAGUUGAAAGGCUCCGUAUUUACCUGUGUCACUCUUUGAGACCAUGCUGUUUUGUUGUCAUGGUGAUGUCUAGACUUACUUUCAUUAAGCUGUCUUUUUCCCCCCCUCCCGGAUAUUUGAAUAGAAUUUUAUUAACACAAAUAUAAUACGAAAAAACAUCUUCAGUGGUGUAAUCAGCUAAAAUAUUCUAAUUAUAAACUGUAUAUAAAAAUGUAUAGCGACAACAAUUAUUUCUUUUGGGGUUGUGUAAUGUGUAUUGUAUGGUUGUUAGAGUGUGCUUUGUAUUUACGCCAGACUUGCAAAGUUGGAGCAUAUACAAACAAUUUUAUUAAAAUGAUUUUCUCCUAAA